AUGGGUAUGUUCAUUGAUAGUUUCCAUGCAUUUUCAUUAGUUGAAGAAAGAGCGUUUAAAAAGUUGAUGCGGUGGAUACCAGGAUAUGUUCUUCCAUCUAGAAAGACUGUUUCAGGAUCCAUGCUCGAGGAGCAAUACAACAAGGCAGUUGAAAAUACAAGAGCAGAAGUUUUAGCUGAAGCACAAACUAUUUGCAUAACAUUAUAUGUUUGGACUUCUAGGGUUACUGAAGCAUAUGUGGCAGUUACAGGCCAUUAUAUUACAGACAAUUAUAACUUAAAAACUGUUUUUCUCGGAUGCUGUCAAUUUGAAGGAGCGCAUACAUCAGAAAAUCUAGCAAUAGAAAUUCAAACAAUCCUUGACAAUUGGUGA